AUUUUAUCUUAGUAAUCGUAGAUCGUUGUGAAAGUCGUUGCUAUCGUGUGCUAUCGUUGUCAUAAACAAAAAUAUACGUAUACAAAAGCUAAACGUCUGGUUCGGUUCUCUGUUAACCGAUAAAAAUAAAUUUACUAAAAAUCAGUAUGGGUCGAAUCUAUUGUGCUGUGAAUGGCUGUGUUAGCAUGAAGGACGGCGUGUCCUCAUUAUCAUUCUUCAAAAUAUUCUCCGGAAAUAGAACUGUCCAAGGAUGGGUUGAGUUCUGUAACAACUCAUGUUUGUCGAAGCAUAGUGUUAUCUGUUCCAAGCAUUUCCGUGAGUCGGAUUUUGUCAAUCCUCAAAAUAAAUCUCAAGGUCUCCAUUCAUUUGCACGUCCAUCAUUAAUGCCAUGUGAGGAAGAUGCUGUUUUAGACAUCUCAAUGGAUCUUGAUGAAGAUCUACUUCGUACUGAUCCAAAUCUACAAUCCGAGGAUGUUGGAUACUGUGUUGAAAUAGGAGCAUCUCAGGAUGUCAAUGUUCCAUUGUCGAACACUCAGCGCCAAAACAACUCAUUUGAAACAGAUCAUGAAUAUUGUUGUAAAGUAGAUAAUAUAACUAAAAUGAUGGACCAGCUGAUUCUGAAGGAAUAA